AUGCUUCAUCAAACCUCUGUCGCUGUUCUCAACCGCUUUUUCUAUCACCAACACCGCUUCGCCUUCACCAAACCAAUCUCUCGAUUCCCUCUCCCAUACUCUCACGCCACACUCCCCAAGGUUCUUUCCAUGGCAACUUCUCAUUCCAACCAACACAAGUUCUCCAAUCGUCUUGCGUUAGAACAGAGCCCUUACCUUCUUCAAUAUGCUCAUAACCCUGUUGAUUGUAUCCAUGGGGAGAAGAAGCUUUCGCCAAAGCAUGCCUCGAGACGCACCUAUCUUUUUAUCAAUUGGGUACAACACUUGUCAUUGGUGUCAUGUUAUGGAGGUUGA